AUGGUCAAGCUUCGCGAUGGCAUGUGGCUGCCGGCCGAGGGCGUUCGGACAGAGUAUGCGGAAGAGAUCUUUAACAUCACGCCUCUUGAUGGAGAGCAGGGCUUGAGUCUCCUCUGUCCCGUCGGCCAGAUUCGUUCUCGUGGCAACACUCUGAACAUGCCAACCGUCACUUUGGAUGUCAAGGCAGAGUUUGACGGCGUGAUUUCGCUCGAGGCUGCCCAUUGGCGUGGUGCCCAGAACCACGGCCCUCAUUUCGACCUCUACCCCGAUGGCAAGCCUUCAGCAGAGGGCAAAAUCUCAAAGAACGACAAGAAUGCCACGACAUUGGCUUCCGGUUCCCUCGCGGUCACCCUCGAGUCUGAGCCUCACCGGUUCGGCCUCAAGUUCCACAGCACUGAAGGCGCCAAGACCCUCACAACACUGGGAAGCCGUAGCGUCGGAUUUGCCUACUCGCCGGGGCCCUCGACGCCCAUGCAGACGGGCGACAUGCGAGACUUCAAGCACUACAUGUUCUUCCAGACGGGCCUCUCCGUGGGUGAGUCGGUCCACGGUCUGGGCGAGCGCUUCACAGCUUGGAACAAGGUCGGCCAGUCCGUCUCCCUCUGGAACGCGGACGGCGGUACGUCGAGCGACCAGGCUUAUAAGAAUGUCUCUUUCUGGAUGAGCAAUCGUGGCUAUGGUAUUUUCAUCGACAACCCUGGCCGUGUAGAUCUCGCGGUCGGCAGCGAACGUACCUCCAGGGUUCAGCAUUCCGUCGAGGGGCAACGGCUCAAGUGGUAUGUGAUCUACGGCCCUACCCCCAAGGAGAUCCUGAAAAAGUACUCCAUCCUGACCGGCAAGCCUGGAAAGGUGCCUGGAUGGAGCCACGGUCUCUGGCUCACCACGAGCUUCACCACAAACUACGACGAGUCCACCGUCACGUCCUUCCUCGAAGGCAUGAAAAAUCGCAACUCUCCAGUUGACGUCUUUCAUUUCGACUGCUUCUGGAUGAAGGCCUUCACAUGGACCGACUUUGUCUUUGACUCGGAGCGCUUCCCUGACCCCAAGGGACAGAUUGCCCGUCUAAAGGAGCAAGGCCUCUGCAAGAAGGUCUGCGUGUGGAUCAACCCGUACAUUGCCGAGCAUGGCGCUGCUUUCAAGUACGCAGCGGAAAAGGGGUACCUCCUCAAGCGCAAGAACGGCGACAUCUGGCAGUGGGACCUGUGGCAGGCCGGCAUGGGCCUGGUCGACGUGACCAACCCCGAGGCGAGGGCAUGGUACACAGAGUGUCUCAAUGGCCUGUUCGAUCAGGGCGUAGAUGCGCUCAAGACAGAUUUUGGUGAGCGCAUCCCAACCCUGGAUGUGCAAUGGCACGAUAAGACGGUCGAUCCCCACAAAAUGCACAACUACUACGCCUUCCAGUACAAUCAGCUGGUAUACGAGGCCCUGCAGAAGCGCCACGGUAAUGACGAGGCCGUCCUCUUUGCCAGGGCUGCUUGCGCCGGAGCUCAGCGCUUCCCGCUCGUCUGGGGUGGUGACUGCGAGUCCACGCCCGAGGCCCUCGCCGAGUCGAUCCGCGGUGGGCUGUCCAUGGGCCUCAGCGGCUUCUCCUACUGGAGCUGCGACAUUGGCGGCUUCGAGGGCUCGCCCCCUCCAUGGGUAUACAAGCGCUGGGUGGCCAUGGGUCUCUUGUGCAGUCACAGUCGUCUGCAUGGCAGCAGCUCCUAUCGCGUGCCAUGGACCGUCGACAACGACGACAAGACGGAAGAGGGCUGCUCAAGGACGCUGGCCAAGUGGACGGCCUUGAAGACGAGGCUGAUGCCGUACUUUUACGCCCAGGGCAUGGAGUCCCGGGAAGGCGGCAUUCCUCUGUCGCUACGCACGCUGGCACUUGAGUUCCCCGAGGACCCCACCGCGUGGUUCGUCGACCGUCAGUUCAUGGUCGGUUCGCAGAUCUUAGCCGCGCCCGUGUUCGAGGAGUGCGGUGAGGUCGAGUUCUACCUCCCCAAGGGCCGGUGGACGUCGUACUUUACCGGCGAGGUUAAGACUGGCCCUGGCUGGUUCAGUGAGAAGCAUGCCUUUGGUACACUGCCACUGUACGUCCGCGAGGGUACCAUCCUGGUGCUCGGCAACAGGAAAGAGAGUGGCGCUGUGUACGAGUACAGCAAAGACGUGGAGGUUGCACUUUACGAGGUCAAGGCGGGCGACAAGACGACAGCCGUGGAUUAUGAUGGCAAUGUGCUGGGCGAGCUCGUCGUCGGGGACGAUGGCAAGAUCAAAGAUACAUCGUUCCUGAAGGGCGAUAUCUCUAUUAGCGAGAUGGGGAGGGAUUUGAACGGCGACCCGCCUGUCGCGAUUGAGUCGAUUUAA